AUGGAGGCUCUGGCCGCUUUCUCACUCGCGUGCAACGUCCUCCAGCUGGUCGGCCUAGGCUUGAAGAUCUCGAAAGUCCUCAAGGCAAUCCGCGAUGAUCACCAGCCAGACUCAGGCGUGCAGAGCUAUGCGGUCACACUAAAGCAGCUCGGGCACGAGGUCACGCAAUCUGUCGCCACGCAGGGGCCGUCGGCUAAUGUCGCCCUUUGCAGCAGGGCAGCUGAUGUUGUGGCAGUCGCCGAGGAGCUGGAGAAAUUGCUGUUCAGGUUCACGACCGGAAGGAAGAAUAGGCUUCGAGACUUGGUGGCAUAUGCGCGGAAACAAAACGAUAUCAAAGCCCUGGAGCUGCGGCUUCAGAAGACUCGGGAUGCAUUGCAAAGCACAAUACUGAUCGAGGUGUGGCAGAAAGUGUACGCACAAUGGGAUACCAUCAAGAUCGAAGUCCCGUCCUUCAGGAAUGAGUUGAAGACGCUGGCGUUGGAGUUGCAACGGGGCAAUACCAAUGUUCUCGACAUCAUUGCCAAACAAGACGCCGCCUUACAAGCACUGGGUGGCAUCGAGAUUGAUACUCUAUACAUCAAGGAGAAUCUCAUCAGACAGCAGGCAGAGACCCAACAGAGCUCCGAGCUCAAAGGGUUCCUGGCCAGUCUUUAUUUCCCCUCCAUGAACGCAAGACGCAACAUGUCAUCGAUUGUUGCUGCUCAAGGCACUUUCCAGUGGGCCUUGGACACUUCGAGCCAGUUGCAAACCGAGAAUACCACCGAAAACAGGCGAGAUCAUCGCAUGCGGACGGCCCGCAGGCUGCGGCUCUGGAUGGAGGACCCAGGCCAACGCUUGUUCUGGGUAAGCGGCAAACCAGGUUCCGGAAAGAGCACCCUUAUGCACUAUCUCGCUUCAAUGCCAGAGAAGCUCCAUGCUACUACUAGUGGCCGCAAUGACGCAAGCCAUACGAUGCUCUCUGCGUUUAUAUGGGCAGCUGGAGACGAACUCCAGAAGUCAGUGAAGGGUCUUCUCUGCACCUUGCUUCAUCAACUCUUCAACCAGAGCAGUGGACUGGCUAGGCUCGCGCUAGAAGCCCAAAAAGGGCCUUUCUCAAUGAAGGUAAGUGUGUCCGAUUGGAGCGAGGCAGAGCUUCGUAGCACUCUUUCUGGCGCACUACAAGUACUGCAAGGCCUGGUGCACAUCAUCAUAGAUGGACUGGACGAAGUUCAUCCUGGCGAUGGAAGUCCCGAGCGGUUGAUGGGCUUGGUACAAUCACUUGUGGCGCAUGGCAACGUCAAGCUGUGUGUAUCGAGCCGGCCAGAGCUCUUCUUCGAGCGAUCACUCCAGCAUUAUCCUCAUUUCCGACUCCAGGAUAUCACCUGGGACGACAUGGAGCAUUAUGCCAGGCAGGAAUUGGCAGAGGCUCUUGAGUCGAUACCCAAUUCUGCAUCUUGGAGGCACAACACCGAGGCCGUCCUGCACCACAUUGUUUACCACGCACAGGGCGUGUUUCUGUGGUUGCAGCUCGUGAUACGAAGUCUCAAGACCGGCAUCAUCAAUGGCGACUCGUGGGAGAUGCUCUGGGAACGGAUUUCUGAGCUGCCGGUGGACCUGGAGUCGAUCUACAGGGCAAUGGUCCGGCGGCUGGAGCGAGAGAGCAAGAGCUAUCGCGACUUUGCAGGGACCGUUUUCGCCCUGUUGUUGAUGCACGAUCAUUUCGUAGCGGACAAUUUUUUGCUGGCCAUGGACCGAAUUGUCUCGAUUACGCUUUAUUUCGACGAAGACUUGCGGCGCCGCUUGAUCGAGGGAGACGCCGGGAGUCACAGAAGCUCCCAACGAGAAGUAUUGAGCCGUGUUAAGCGCGUGUGUAACCAGAUGCGUGUUCGGUGCGCAGGGCUCGUGGAACCACCCUCCAAUUUCGACUCCUUGCCUACGGAUUUCGACGUAGAGUCCACGUUCUGGCGCGCUUCCGUCACCUUUAUCCAUCGCACCGUGCACGACUUUAUGCUGGACGCAGGCCGAGGACUGUGGGAAGAAGUGAUGCCACAAGACUUGACUGUCUGCCUGAGCGUGCAGCACGCCCAGUCGAAGAUGCUUGGUCGAAGGAUUGCCCCGACUGGGCUCUGGGGUCCACCAGUAUGGGAUGGGGAAUGGGACAUGGAUUUGUUGGAAUGGUGCGAUGCGAUUCCCGAAGGGCUGGCUGGAAACCAGCGAGAGGCCGUGUUUGAGCAGCUGGCGCAGAUGAUGACGGCAGAAGGCCACUGGAGCAGGGACGAGCGCAACCCCUGCGUGCUGGCCGUGGCUUGCACGUACGGGAUUGUACCACCACGGCACUGGCUCGAGAGCUGGACACCAACAGGUAUGAGCACGGCCGACUUUGUAGACCACCUGCUCACGGCCUCGCUGGCACUGUGCACCGAGCAAACUUCGGGCAUCGUGAGCUGGCUGUUGGAGAACGGCGCCAAUCCGGCUCGGCGCGACCUCGCCCACUGGCCCGGCACCAACUGGCCCUCGGCCUCGGUGCUGGCAGCAGGUUGGUUCGUAGAAGAUCCGCACACGCGCGGCCAGGCACUGCAGGCGAUAAUGGAUCUCGACAGCGGACUCGAGCAACAGUUGACGGUUCUCUACACACGCCUGGGCGGCUGCAUCUUUGCACUGAACCGGCACACAUCCUUGUGCUCGUUCCCACUCAGGCUCUCACAGGCCGACACUCGGGGUCGUCACGUGCCCGUGCUGCGGAUGCAGUUUCCGGCUCUUCUCCGCUUGGCCCUGCACAGCAUCAAACCACGGCACAUGGUCGCGAUGCCUAUUGCCAACCACAUACUGCAGCGCCACAGCACCACCGAGUCAAGCAUCCAGCUCCUAGGCUUUGUCAACAUCAGAGCACCAAUUUAUCGCGGAGACCGGCGCUUCGCAUCCAUCACCGGCAGCUACAAGCUCGAGCGCGAGCUCAUACUCCCUCCGCCCAGGCCGACCCUCACAGCAGCGCUUGGCGUACUGGACAAGUUCGACGCAGAAAUCGAUGCCAUCCUCGAGGCGCCAAUGCUUGACAGCUCGCUGCCCCGAAUGGACAGCCCGGAGACGAUGGACUGGCUCCUGGCCUCUGGUCUCGCCAAGGACAAGCGAGAUCGAUACUACUCGUAUGUACAGGCAGAUGAAUCUCGUGAUUUGGGCGGGCAGGAUUCUAGCGACUAGAUGAAAACAGAAUGCGACGGCGCUAUGGGAUCGUUCCCAGGGGCCUAUGUAGUAAUCACCCAUGGCUACGAAUCCUCAUAGUCCAAACACUUUUGGAAAUAUCAAACUCGACGCAUGGCC